UUUUCUGGCAAUUAACGGAAAGUUGAAGUGCCUUCAUAAGAAUCUGAUAUGGUUUGCAGAAUAACAUCGGUCUUGUUAUCACUAUUUAGAUUAAUUGUUCAUUGCAAUCUAUUAUCUCACAUCUGUCUUGCUAGAUUUGUUUGGAUUCAAUAAUAAUCAAUGGGAUUAAUUCUUAUUUUAUUAUCUGAGUAAGGAGUAAAUCACAAAAGAUCCGAGUUUUUCUGUGGAACAAGCGAAUGAAGGCUCAUCAUCUGUUUGGUUUUUACUUUGUAUUUUGAUUUUUUGUCCAUUCCUCAUCUCUGAAAACAUUUGUUUAAUCUGUUCUAUUGUUUUAUUUGUUUAUAUUGCGGCUCCAACACACAACCAAAGCUAUGGAUACCGGUGAUCACCAACUAGACCAUGAUCUUGUUCCUAUUUUGUCAGAAAACCAAGAAAGAUUUGAUAAAUUGCGAGCCUUCUUUCGAGAAAAAUACAAUGAAAAUCCAUCUUACAUUGUCCGAGUUCCUGGUAGAGUUAACUUGAUUGGUGAACAUAUUGACUACUGUGGAUUCGGUGUUCUUCCUAUGGCAAUUGAACAGGACGUAUUAAUAGCUGCCAAGGUUAAUUAUGAUCGUUUAGUUCGUCUCGCCAACAUGGAUUCAGACAAAUAUCCUGAUGUUGUUUUCCCUCUUGAAAAUUUUACCAUAGCCAUUCCACCCAACUGGUACCAUUAUGUGCUGUGUGGACUCCAAGGAGCAAAAGACUUACUGAAAUGUUCUCAAAAUCUAGAAGGAUUGAACAUAGCAAUUUGGGGCAUUAUUCCAUCAUCAUCUGGUUUAUCAAGCUCAUCAGCUUUAGUUACAGCUUCUCUGUUGGCUACUUAUUAUUCAGCUGGAUAUCGAGGAGAUCUGUGCAAAUUGAAAUUUGCUGAUGCAGCAGCCAAGUGUGAAAGAUACAUUGGUACACAGGGCGGUGCGAUGGAUCAAUCAAUUGCCAUGCUUGCACGAUCUGGAUUUGCUAAAUUAAUUGAAUUUGAACCAAUUUUGAGAGCAGCUGAUGUUCGUCUUCCUGUUGGUAGUUGCUUCUUCUUUUCCCACAGCGGAAAAACUUGCAACAAAGCUGCUACAGAAGAUUUCAAUGCAAGGGUUCUCGAAACUAAAGUUGCCUCUCUUAUGAUUGUUGACCAUUGUCACUCAAUCAUGAAACCUGGUCACAUUACUUGUCCUACUCUGGCUCAAAUAAAGAAGCAAAUGAACAAAAAUUUCGAUGAGAUGCUUGAGAUUGUCAACGAGUCCAUUGAGAUGGGAAAAGUUUACAAGGUUUCAGAUCUUAUUAAGCAUUUUGAUCUUAAAGAUUCGAAAGAACUCGCUUUUCUGCUUUCAAAUGGAUCGACCGGUACAAUGGAGGAUGCUAAGUGUCUGCACAAUUAUGAACAAGGCUUCAAAAUUCAUGACAGAGCAACUCAUGUUUACUCAGAAGCUCAAAGAGUUGAAAAAGUGUUCAACUGUGCUCAAAAUGGUCUAUCUGGUGACCAAAUCUUGACUGAAAUAGGACAAUUGAUGAAUGAAAGUCAUGAUAGCUGUUCAAAUCUGUAUGAAUGCAGUUGCCCAGAAGUGGAUACUUUGGUUGCUCAUGCUAAAUCAUUUGGUGCUUUAGGAUCAAGAAUGACUGGAGCUGGGUGGGGCGGUGGUGUUGUCUCAUUGGUACCAGAGCAUUUGUCCUCCCAAUUUCAUGAACCAAUGGCCCAAAUAUCAUUAUUCACAGUUGCUAGUCUACCUAGUCAAGGAGCAACCAUCUAUAUCUAACCUUAAACCUCAAUUAAACUCGAAUCGAAUACAUUUUAAAACGAAAACUGAUUCUAAUUCAUCUUUAAUGGUUGAAAAAAUAAUCAUCCCAAAUAAGAUCUGGUUCAAGACUAUCAAAAAGCCUUUUUUUAUGAAAUUUCAAUUUUGAUGAAUGACAAAAAUGGUUCCAUUUAAUGGUUUGCACAAAAAGAAUCAAAUUUUUGGGCAUUAUCUUUCCAUUUUAUAAUCCAUUCAAUUAUGGAUAAAAUAAUAUUCAUAAAUGACUUUACAUUGUUAUUGAAAUAUUGAAAGGGAAAUGAAUAAAUGUACAUUUGAUAAAAUCAAUAACAAUCGAAAAGGUUAGUUGGACACAAAAUUGUCUAUAAAUGUUACUUGCAAUGCGAUUAAUAUUACAUUAAGCUUAACUUUUUCAUUAAGCUGGACAAAAUUAUCAGCUGAAAAGAUUGCUAUCUUGAUAA